AUGGCAGCUCUCUCUCAAUUCUUCUAUUUGACGCUACUCGUCCUCUACUGCUUGAUCUUUGAACUCGUAAUCCAAAUACGCUAUGUCAUUAUGACUAUCAGAAACAUUUUUGGUAAAGGGAUGCUUAGCGCCCCCGAAUAUCUCAAAUUUAUCGAAGAAAACGUUCCAGCAAUUUCUUACUCAAACAGGUUGGGAUCGAUGGAUUGUGCAGUGUGUUUAUCUGAUUUUAAGGAAGGUGAAGCUGUUAGAAAUUUGAAGUGCAAGCACACAUUUCACAAGAGUUGCUUAGACAAAUGGUUACGAGGAUAUUUGACUACAUGUCCGAUUUGCAGGACUGAGGUUUUGCCAAGUGAGUUUGUUGCCGAUUACAAACGGUUGAAAUAUCAGAUGGAGAAUGAUAGGAUCUAUGAGGGGGACAUGUUCGGAAAUCUCCUGGAUAGAUCCCUUAGGGCCAAUCCCAAUUUACAAACUCCCGAGCUCAUAAGCCACCCUCAACGAUUACGACCCAUCACAGAUUUCUGUGAGCAAGGUAAUGAAGGCCUAUAG